AUGUUCCAAUCGAGGCCUCAAUCACUACUCGACGGUAUGAACCGACUCCUUCGAUCGGUCAAGGAUGCCGAACUCGCGCGCAGUGGCAACUACUUCUUCCUCGAGGACAUCUUUGGUGCGUCGCCAAACCCAAUGUGCCGGGCAUUACCAUCGCGCAUGACCUGGACGGGCUUCCCACAUUGCGGACCCGAUGCCGAGUUCGAACGUAUCGUCCGCCGAUUUCCGUUCGCCGCGUCGAGGUGGAUGAGCAGCGGCGGACAAGGGAAAAAACCC